AUGGCUAAUGUUGCGGCGAACGAUUUUAAAAGAAGCACAGCCGAUCCUUUUGAAGACAUUAUAGGUGAUUUUGUGUAUGCAAGACAGAACUUGGCUCUGUUCCAGCACCAUGAUGGCAUUACGGGGACGGCAAAGGAUUUUGUGGUUAAGGAUUACGCAAACAGAAUGUACCGAUCUUUUGGCAUACUCGAAAAAGUGGCUUCUGCUUCUCUACAGGCAAUUGCCGCCAAUCAAGUUGGACAAAAGAGCCUUGACCUGAAAUCAGCGCCACUAAGUCUAGAGUUUAUGGAGCGAUUUCCAAGUGAAAGCACGCCACUUCGAAAGAAAAUUUUCUCUUUGGGAUCAGGCGAAAAACACUACUUUGUUCUUUACAACUCUCUCGGCUGGACACAAGAAAGCCAAGUGUUUUGUUUUGCAGUCAAUUGGACUUCAGGCGCAAUGCCCACCGACUGGUGUCUCUCGCAAUCUGGUUCCGGUCAAAUCAUCGAUGAUUUGCAGAUCAAUCACAUUUGGUCUAUGGAGCAGUUGGUAGAGAACCAACGGGAGAUUUGCUUCCAACCAUCGCUUAGUGCAGUGUCUUUGGAGCAGUUUUGCCUCGGUGACUGUCGAUGCGGCGACCAGGAGCAAACACUGGCCACACUGUACCAGAAGAAGGAGAGCUUUGUGACGCUGUACAACUCGCACAAGCGGCAAGCUUCAACUGUGCCAACUGAUUCACAUAUUCUGUCGAAAAUGGCUCCACCGCCAAAGGAAAAUCUUACAAUUGAGAAUGAGCGAGUGCAGCUCAAGUUUGACGCUGAAAGUGGUUUGCUCAAGAGAAUCUCCAUACUUGAUCCAGUCGCUGGAGCAGACUGGAUUCAUUUAGAUGCCAAAGCACAACUGAUGACCUACGGCACUCGAAAAGGCGGCAAGUCAGUACCUAAAUCGGGCGCUUACCUAUUUCUGCCUGAUGGAGACGACCCGAAGCCGUGGAAUGCCUUUGGCAAGCCCAUAAUUCGUGUCACUUCAGGUCGAAUUGAGUCGCGAUACGAGCUCAUACUCAGCGAGCCUCUCUCCAUGUACAUACGCUUUUCGCUGUACAGAGGGCGAAGGUCGGUGGAGUUGACCACAGAGUUUCAUCUGAUGGGUCUUUACGCUGCCAAUAGAGAGUUGAUGAUGCGAUUUGAAGUUCCAGCAAUUGAGAACCACGAUCGCUUUUACACUGACUUGAACGGCUUUCAGAUGAUUGGUCGAAAGUGGUACAGCAAGAUUCCUCUUCAAGGCAAUGUUUAUCCGCUUAAUACGAUGGCCUUUUUUGAAGGUCUCCACAAGGGACAAAACUUGCGUUUCAACAUUAUCAGCGGACAGCCACUGGGUGUUACAUCAAGCAAAACGGGUACUUUUGACGUCUUUCUUGACCGUCGACUUACUCAAGAUGAUGCUCGUGGCCUUAACCAGGGUGUAAUUGAUAAUAAGCGAACUCGAGAAACCUUUCGCCUGCUCAUUGAACAGCCCAGCGCUGCAGUGAGUGUGGACAAUCCAAAACAGACUUCUGGUGCCAUGUUCGAGUCACAGUCGCUACUGAAUCCAAUUAUCGGCAUGGCAAGCAGCGGUCCAA